AUGUCGUCGGGCACAAGCACUCGGUAUAACUUUCUCAUUAUCUUUUUCGUUGCCCUCGGUUCUUUCACCUAUGGCUUUAACUCUGCCAUCAGUGGCUCGGUCCUAGGUCUCAAAUCGUUUUUAGAUUAUUUUAACCUCAGCACAUCCGGUCUAGAUGCAGCUAGGAGUAACCGCAUCAUUGGAGCAAAUAAUGGCCUAUUCGCAGGAGGUGGCAUCAUUGGCUGCUUCCUUGUGCCGACCCUGCUCGACAGGUGUGGCCGACGUCUCGCUAUUCAGCUCACGACCCUUAUUUGCAUCAUAUCGGCAGCACUGCAGGCGGGUUCAGUUCACGUUGCGAUGCUACUGAUUGGUCGAUUUCUCAAUGGAAUUGGCAUCGGAAUGAUUGAUGUGGCUGUGCCCAUCUACCAGUCUGAGAUUUCCCCAGCCAGCAAGCGAGGGCGGAUGGUCGGCUCUCACGGGUUCUUGGUGGCUAUGGCUGGGUGGGUUGGCUACGGCUGCUUCUUUAUCGCAAAUCCUGCGCUCCAGUGGCGACUGUGUCUAGCCAUCCAGAUUCUCGCACCCCUUCUUCUUCUGGUUGGGUCCCCCUGGAUGCCCGAAUCUCCAAGAUGGCUUUGCCUUAAGGCUAGGGUCCCCGAAGCUCGAGAUGUACUCCAUAAAUUGCAUUCUAGCAACAGCUCUGAGCCGGAGGAGGACUCUCUCGCCGAAAGAGAGCUGCGACAGAUUCGCGUCCAGCUCGAAAUUGAGAACCAGACUACCACCUCACAUGGCUGGAAGGAGGCAUUCUCACGGCCCUCGUACCGGAAACGACUCUUGUACGGCUUCUUCUUGCAGUGCAUUGCUCAAUCCACUGGUGUGCUCGUUGUCAACAACUACCAGAUCCUCCUCUACGAUGGCCUUGGUCUCCGUGGCUCCAUCUCCCUGCUACUCUACGCAUGCUACAACUCCUUGGCCGCUUUCAUGAACUGGGUCAACAGUCUUAUCCUCGAUCGUUUUGGAAGAAUCCGCAUCAUGGUGGUGGGCCUCAUCGGAUGCUCCCUGUCCCUUUGUGGCUUCACUGCCAUGGUGGCUGAGUUUGUGGGCACAGAUAAUAAGAUCGGCAAUGGAUUUGGCGUCUUCUUCCUCUACCUGUUUGUCUUCUUCUAUGGGGGCAGCAUGGAUGCGUCUUCAUAUGUCUACUGUGCCGAGAUCUUUCCAACCCCGAUCCGUGCGCACGGUGUCGGACUCAGUGUUGCUGGUCUCUUCAUCAUGACGCUCAUAUACACCCAAGCGGCACCCACUGCCUUUGCCGAGGUUGGAUGGAAAUAUUACCUUGUGUUUAUUAUAAUUCCGUGGAUUGGAGCUUUCGUUUUCCAAAAGUUCUACCCGGAAACUGCAGGGUUAUCUCUUGAGGAAAUCGCUGUUCUUUUUGGCGAUGAAGGCGUGCAGCACGAAGAUCUCAACUCCGACCAAAAGGUUUCUAGCUCCGCAGAGGCCGGGCUGUCUGCCGACUUUGGGGAUAAGGAGCAGCAGUCAGCCACCGCUAAUCACACCGAGAUACCUUAG